AUGUAUCUAUGUGGCUACUAUGCGAGCAUAGUGUACCUACACCGUGUGGCGUAUGCGACGCUGCCGGCGACAGAAGAGGUUUUGUUGGCGCUGGCGGAGAUCUGGCACCUGGCAAUACAUUCUGUGGAGCUGGACCCCGGGGCCGCACUACCAGCCGAUAUGGUCUGGCCACUACUCAUGCUGGGUUCGGAAGAGAACACGCGGCUACGCAUCAAAUCUCUGACCUACCCGUCUCGUUGUGAAGAUGUCCGUCAAUUUCUCGCUUCGUUCCAGGCCUCGAAGAGCUUUACCUGA